AUGACAGAGACAGACACUCGUGAUGGGGCUUCCAAGCCAGCAGCAUUGCACUUUGAGGGCUCGGCCAUUGCCACGGACACUGGCAAGAUUCGCAAUGGCGACGCGGCCUUGGCUUUAUUCGAUAACCUGGAGGAAAUUCACGAGACAUUUGAGCCCGGGGAAGAGAAGAGAUUGGUCCGCAAGAUUGACUGGAUGAUCCUGCCUUUCUUGUCGGUGUGUUAUGCGUUCUACUAUAUCGAUAAAACUACUCUUUCCUACGCCGCUAUUUUCGGCAUUGAGGAAGAUUUGAAUCUCUCCGGCACGGAAUAUUCGUGGCUUUCCAGCAUCUUCUACUUUGGAUUUCUGGUCUGGUCUCUUCCUACGAACCUGUUGAUGCAGAGAUUCCCCAUCGGCAAAUAUCUUGGAGGGAACAUCUUUCUCUGGGGGUUCUUCCUUAUGCUGCAAGCGGUUGCGAAAAAUUUCACGCAUCUUGCCGUGCUUCGAAUCAUCUCUGGUGCAGCCGAGGCAUGCAGUGACCCUGCCUUUAUGCUUGUAACGAGCAUGUGGUACACCCGACGACAGCAACCCAUUCGCAUCGGCCUGUGGUACACUGCCAAUGGAUUUGGCAUCGCAAUCGGUGGACUGUUAGGAUACGGGAUUGGGCAAAUCAAGGGGACAUUAUCCUCGUGGAAGUACGAAUUCCUGAUCAUUGGUGCUCUCUGCGCGGUCUGGGGCAUUGUGAUCAUGAUCUUUCUGCCCGACUCCCCUGUCACGGCGUCUCGGUUGUCUUCCCGCGAGAAGCGGUUGGCUGUCGAGCGAUUGCGAGACAACCAAACUGGCAUUGAAAAUAGAACCCUCAAGCCCCGACAGGUCCUCGAAGCCUUCCUAGACUGGAAAGUGUGGACGUUCUUCAUGCUGGGUCUUUCAGGAAAUAUCCCCAACGGAGGCAUUUCGAACUUUGGGACGCUCAUUAUCAAAGGCUUUGGCUUCACCACUCUGGGCACGACUCUAAUGCAAAUCCCUUAUGGCGCAUUGAUUGCGGUCAUGAUUCUACUGAGUGUUUUCAUCAAUGACCGGCUUCCUCGAAACAACCGAUGUGUUGUCGCGGUGGUAUUCAUCCUGCCAACCUUGGCCGGGUCGUUUGGGCUGCGCUUUGUGCCACAGUCCAACAAGGUCGGCCGGCUCAUCUGUUACUAUUUGACUGGCUCUUACAAUGCCUCCUUUGUGAUUAUCCUUUCGAUUCUCACCGGCAAUAUUGCGGGUCAUACGAAGAAGGUCGUGACCAAUGCAAUGAUCUUCCUCGGGGUUUGCACUGGCAACAUUGCCGGGCCAUUCUUUUACAAAUCUGACCAGGCCCCGGGUUAUUCCCUCGGUAUCUGGUCGAUGGUAGUGGCCAACUUCAUCGAGAUUGCGCUGAUCCUUCUCCUGGGCGUCUGUCUUGCAUGGGAAAACCGGCGCCGCGACCGAGCUCAAGACAUUAUCCCUGACGGAGAGAAUGACUACGCGCGACAGAUGGAGCUAGACCGUACAGCGUUCAGCGACUUGACCGACAAAGAAAACCUGAACUUCCGGUAUCUCUACUGA